GGCGUGCGAGUGCCGGUGAAAAUAGAUUUAAACAGUUUUCCCCCAUUUUUCGUGCCAUUGGGUUCAAGUGUUCAAAGGCCAAAAGUGCAUGUUAUCACCAGAAAUAAGAAUUGCAGUUUAAAGCAAUCUUGGGGACUCACUGGCGGCGACAUAAAGCCAAAGUCAUUUUAUCUGCCCUCCACCAGCGCAGUCAUGGACUUCAGAAAGCAUUUGGGUUUAUUGGCACUCGUCCUGGUCGCCGUACUCGCGUUUUACGGGCGCCCAGUGGACGCCUGCAGCUGCAUGCCCGCCCACCCGCAGACGCACUUCGCCCAGGCGGACUACGUUGUACAGCUGCGAGUCUUCCGCAAAUCAGACACCAUUGAGCCGGGCAAGACCACCUACAAAGUUCGCAUCAAGCGCACCUACAAGGCAACUCCCGAGGCGCGGCGAAUGCUUCGCGAUGGUCGCCUGGCCACGCCCCGCGAUGAUUCGAUGUGCGGGAUUAAACUGGAGCUGGGAAAGAUCUAUAUCGUGGCGGGAAGGAUGCCGACCCUGAAUGUUUGCAGCUACUACAAGGAGUACACCAAGAUGACGAUCACGGAGCGACACGGCUUCAGCGGUGGCUAUGCCAAGGCCAGCAAUUGCACAGUUGCCCCGUGCUUUGGUCAACACUGCUUCAAGUUCCGACCACACGCAGACGAGUGCAAGUGGUCGCCGUUCGGAAAAUGCGAGACGGACUACAGUGCCUGCAUGCCGCACCAAAGGCAGACGCCCAAUGGAGUGAUUUCCCGGUGCAGCUGGCGACGCACGCAGCUGUACAGAAAGUGCCUGAGCAAUCCGUAAAGUCCGUCGGAUUUAUAGAUAGAGUCAGUCCCCCAAGUCCGCUUGUCCUUGUUAUGCCUCCAUUUCGCCCACACCCUCCCACUCUCUGUCCAGAGCUUUAAUACGUACGUUAUGCCUAAUGUGUUAUUUAUUAAUUGAUGCUUUUGAACUUGUAACCGGCUCCAUAGCAGCAACUUAAUUAGUGUCUA